UGGUUCAGCAUUUGAAUACCAAGUAUUCAAUGCAAUCUAGUCUAGUCGUCAUAUUUUGCUGUUAAUCUAAGUGUUCCUUUAAUGACACAGCGUGCCACCGGCCCUGUGUAACAUAGAGAGCUUGUACCCUGCUGUGUAACUGCCAAGCAUUCCACAGCCUGAGUUAAGAUAAGAGCCACAGUGUGCUAAACAGCCCUGUGAUAUAAGUUUGCACCUAGCUGUUACUUCCACAUGUUCCAGCUUGAGUCACCUUUAAGAAACAUCAUCACAACUGUUACUGCCGUGCAUUUCAGUUAGUGCAUGUUGUGUGUAAGCAAACUUAUUUUGUAAACUUUGUUUACUUUACUGGCCUUUUGUUUGAUGCCCACUAGAGUCACUAGUUGGUCCCCUCCUCCACAGGAGCUACUCCACAGGGAGCUACCCCCCAUAGUGUAGGCCAGUGUAUUGUUGUUAGACUAGUGUACCUCCCAAACUACACCACAAGGUGUCUGCCAACGCAACACCAUAGCCAACAACAUUGUUUUGUUUUCUACUAGACAUCCUGUUUAGUUUCACCCUCCAUUCCAGGUUUAACAAUGGAGAACCCCUGUGUUGAGCUUUUUAUUUCUUCCCUAGCACAGAGUCUAAACCCUGGCUGCCCUGAACUCAUCAGCAGGUUGAGUUUCAGUGAGUGCAGGAAAGAAAUGGAAUCGCUCCUCAUAGACAGGUGUGAUGCGCAGACCGCAUCCAAAGAUUCAUUGUUAAAAUGCUUACUUCUGAUUUUUCACAGGCAAACCAGUCUUGCCAUUCAGAGUAAAGCAGCCCUGGAAAAAGAGGUAGAUAGCCUAAGAACGCAAAGUGCUAGUCUCCUCCAUGAAGUUCAGACAGCUGAUAAGAAAGCCAUGCGUUACUUAGAAGACCUGCAUUCAGCAGAGUUAGUUUUUUUUCAGUACAAAGAAAAAUUGUUAGGGCUUAGACUAGAAUGUCUUUCCCCACCACAGUCUGUCAGUCACUGUGAUUCUGGCUACUCAGAUUCACUCUCCUCACGUGAUGAGAGUUUAACUCCCUCUCCACUCAGAAGUGAAAGAUUUCCAACCGACUUAAAAUCUUUGGGAAUGAAGUCAGAUCCUCAACCUCCGCUGAGAGAAAGAGUGAACAGCUACCUGACUACUUAUUGUUCUGAAACUGACAGUGAAGACACAUGUAGUUUAUCUUCAAGAAGAUAUCCUGCCACAUGUUCUUCUCAGCCACAGAGAAAUGACACCUUCCUCUGUGCUCCUCCCUCCAAAAGUUCAGUCUGCUCAGCCUCCUUUCCACUCUGUCACAAGGGUGAUGACAGCUGUCCAGCCUCUGCCUCUCAGCCAGAGAGAACAUUAGCAUGUGAUGCACCAGUGCAUUGUAAUGCUAACUUAGUCUUGCCUUCAGCAGAAAGGACCCCACAGGGUCCACGCCAUGAAGUGCUGGAAUUCAUAGCUAAGGACAUUGAAUGUUUUGAUCCAGGCAACUGUGAUCAACACAUUGAUGACUAUUUUAAGGAAUUAGAUCACAAUCUAAUUGACUUAAAACACGCCACCCAAAGGGAGAAAGUUAAACUUGUGUGGAAAACCAGCUCUCAAGCUGUGCACAAGUUUAUACAGUCACAACCUCUCAGUGUCAGAAAUGACUAUGGUAAGCUUCGUCAUGCACUGAUAGAAGAAUUCUCUUCCACAGCUGACGAGACCUCAGCGAUGUUUGCAGCCCUUCAAAUUAAACAUUCACGUAGUGAGAAUCCUAGAGAUUACUAUAAACGUUUAAGGCAUGCAUACUUCCAAGGUAAGAAUGCGCCAGGCUUAGAAGAAAACGCCUUCUUCAAGUCCUUGUUUCUGCAGAAUCUGCAUCCCUGUGUACGCACUCAGGUCGUACUGAGGACGCAGGAGGGUAACCCCUCACUGUGUGAGAUAAGGAAGAUGACACAGAUAGCUUGGGAAACUCUGGUCAUUUCCAAAAAGGGGGGCAAAUUAACUGAGCCCACCAGCUCAAACACUGACGUGUCAAGCAGAUCUGCCACCUCAAAAGCCCACCUUCACAACAGGUCGAAGGGGGGUCAGAAGAGGCGGCAUAAGGACACUGAGCGUAACCGCCAUGUUCCCCAUUUGCAUAGAGAUAGGCAUUCACACAACAGAAGUGUUAGAAAGCCAUAUGCUGAAAUUCUGUCCCAGAAUUGGCGUGACCGGUCUGACGAUGACCUCAGCAUCUCUGACCACAUUUCAGACUCUGAACAAGGUUCAGAACAUGGACAUAAUCUAGCAUACAGUGAUAGCUACUCUGAGUGCCUCUCUGCCUCUGGCUACCUGGAGCUACCUUCCCACGGUACUAGCUACACCUAGCUAACAGUGAGACUGACGCUAGAUCACGGUGCCUUAAUUUUCCUUUCCUCUUUUGCAGAUACUAGGGAAAAC